CCGACGCCAAAAAUCCAUGACUUUCCUCUCUUCCUCGUCUGCAAUCUCCAUGCACAUGGCAUGGGGCUUCUAGUUCUGCAUCUACCCUUGAUAAUUGAAUCAUAGCGGUCUAUAUUAUUCUCCAAUUCCUUCUUUCUCAGUUCUUAUCUGUUCUAACCUAAUGGGCAAAAAUCAAGCCUAUAAAGCUAUGCAGAGAGCCAGGCUGGGCGCCGGCUCUGCCGGGCCCGAGGAGGUUGAAGACGGCAUGGUGGAUGGUUCUUUUCAUUCACCAGAGUGGCAUGCUGCUCGUUUGGCUAGCCUUAAUACCUCCCACACAAUUACCUGGGAGGAGUUUAAAAGGAAAAAGAAGGAAGAAGAAAUGAGAAAAGGGGAGUUGGAAGCAGAUGCGGAUAGGAUGAUGAGAGAGUACAGAGCUCAACUAGAUGCUGAAAGGGCACGCAAGCUUGCCCAAGGAAGAAAUCACUCUGCUAGCAAAUCUAAACAUGGAAAAGAUAAAAGGUACAAAUUUCCAAAGAAGCACAGCAGCAAAAAGAGAAAGCAUUCGAGAAGGUCUUCUGAAUCUAGUUCUUCUGGAUCAUCUUCAUAUUCUUCUAGUAGUGAUGAUGAGAGAGCAUCGAGAAGAUCUAAGUCCACUUCUAAGAGGUCAAAGAAGGAGAAGAAGCACAAGUCAAGAAGCAAGGUUGCGGAUGAUGAAAAUGAAGACGCAGAUGGUCCAGUUCCCCUUUCAAGAUUCUUUGGAAACAUCAAGAGCUAAUAUAGUGAUAUCAUAUACCUGGCUGUGUACCGAAGAUCUAAUUUUACUUUCAUUUUUUUGUUUGUGUUAGAAUGUGAAUUCUGAUCAGCGUUAGUUUCGUAUAGUCUAUGUGUACGUUCUUUACAGGAAUUUAAUUUUGUAUGGCGUAUUUAUGUUUUAGAAGGAUCAUUGUCUGGGUUUAUCCGAGCGACGGGGGACAUCUUGAGUUGGACAAUAAUCAUUUGAAAUUGCCUGGCAAUGAAUUAUUUUUCUUUGGGAA